GCUGUGCGUUCAUGAUUCGGCCGCGCGAGCCAUCUUUCUCAUCGUCACCCCGUUCAUGACGCUCAAUUCGAUAUCGACAGCUAUUGGAGAGGGGUGCAUCUCAACGCUGUCUCUAGUUUUCAACGUGCGUUUUAUGAUCUACAGACAUAUUUCUACAGAUUCACCCUCGAGAUUCACCACUUCUUGGAGUUUCGAUGGAAAGUUAUCCUUCGGACAAGCAAGACAUCAGUUGACACAACAAAAUUGUACACAGCGUCACAUCAGGCUUAAAUCAGUGGACAUUUAGCUUAUCAUCUGUUGAACUACAGAGCUUUGCAAAAAUAAUUCAUAAGCUUGCUUAAGGACUUGAAAGGAUUAAUCUUUUAAAGAAGAACGGUUGAAUGCUUAUCAAGUUCUCUCUGGGGAACGUUAUAUUUCCUUUCCCCAGGUAAGAUUUGGAUGUACGUACCUCAGAAAGAUGAUUACUGCAGCAAUGACAACCAGGCAGGAGAACUACAAGCUGAACUACAUAGAGGUGGAAAUAGGACCACCAAAGGCGCGGUAUCUUGAGAAUGGAGAACCUUUACCCUUGAUAAAAGUAGCACCUGACGGUGGGAAGGUUAAAUAUAGCACCAUCGUCUUUCCAGACAAAGAGAAGGAGAAAGAGAAAAGUUCAGAUAAGAAAUCAAGAGAGGACACGUCGUCGUCAUCCUCCACCGGUUCUUCCACAUCUUCAUCAGAUCGAAGAUCCAGCAACUCAGGUCGGGGUCUCAUCAAAGGGUCUACCUUGGCGCAGAAGACAGCAGCCAUCACAAAGACAUUGUCGGGCCUAACCAGCAAGCUCACCUUAUCCUCCUCGCAUUCAUCGUCGUCCCAUGAUAAAUCACCCUCGCAGAACACGUCGACGGCGACUGCCGCGGCGGUUGCGGCGAUAUCAGCGCUCUCGGCACCACCGAACAGACCACCGCCCAUGCCGGACUUGUCGGAUGUGAGCAAGAUUCGACCCCAGCCGUUGGGGGAGGAGAGUGAGGCCAAGGAAGCCGUGACCGGGAUCAAGAGCAGCGGAUCGAUAACGGGGAACGGUGGACGAUCACAUGCGAAACUUGAGAGGAAGGAAAGCUAUAAAAAUGUCAAGCAGGAGAGAAAGCAAACCCACCAACAGCAGAACACGAAGACACCACCCGCCUCGCCACCCCGGAGACGCGCCCUGUCCACGCCGACUCGCUCUCGAAAGUUUCCUUCCGAAGCCGAGCUGGCAGACGCCAUCAAAGCUCACCAGGAGAGGCGGGAAUCGCCACCAUCAAAGACACGGACACUUCCGGCUAGGGACAAGCUAUGGAUGGAAGACGACUUCGAGGCCGAGGAAGGGUUCUGGGACUACGAGGACGCGAUGUCGGAAGGCUACUGGGUGUCGAACGAAGCACAUCACGACGAGUCGUCUUCAGAGGAUCUGCAAGGGUUGACGAGGUCAGCACCGGCUACCGAGCUAGGUCAAGCCAUGCAAGCGAUGCGUUUGAAAGUCAGGAGGAAAUCUUCCACGGGUGAUGCCUAUGACAAUGUCUUCGAGCCGGAGUGUUCUCCGACUGGGACGAAACAGCAUUUCGUGUUUGGAGGCGGCGACAGCGGCUCGGGUUCUGGGACAGAAUCACCUCGAUGCGAGACAUCGUCACCGUCAAAAUCCACCUCGCCUGUCAGCAGGCGGCUACACAGAAGCGAGUUAGAACAAGCAUUCGCAAGGAGAAAACUCACGGGGCGAUUCCACAACGAAUCGUUCGACUUUGACAAUCAUUCCUCAGGAAGUAACUCGCCAACGUGUUUUGAUGACCAAUGUUCAUCGGGUUACAGACCCGUCCCCGCUGUCCCGAUGAACAGAAGUCGUGAUUAUUGCGGGUCACCGGACUCACCCUCAUACAUGGACCUCGAAUACAGGGGUUCAAUCUCAACCAGGAAACCCGUACCCCUCCCGAGAAAUCAAAGAUGCAGAGAAUCCACAUCAGAGCAUAUAUCUUCCUUCGACAGUGGGUGUCCAACAAGACCAGUGCCGUCACCACCGCAUCACUUUAACCUUUCGUUUGACUUUUCGUCAGGAGCUAGAGAUUCGUCGGGUGACGAAACGUACAUGAAUGUUGCAUUCAAACCCAAAGCAGACAAUCAUCGCUAUGAAAACGUCGUCUUAGAUGAUAGGCUGUCACAGUUUCAUUCGGAACGUCCCCUCAGCAGCAGUGACUCACCGCGAAUCAGCACAGAGCUGAGACCUGUCCCUGCUCCACGAUUCUACAGCUCACCUUCUUCCUCCAGUCAUUCACUGUCAUCACUCGACAGCAACAAUCAGCUGGCAUCUCCCUGUACCAAACAGAGCUCUCAGGCGACCUGCAACCCAUCAUCAUCACUCUCAGCAUCAUCCCAAUCACCAACAGGGAGAGGCAGCCCAAACCAUCAUCACCGGGGACCCCAACUCUCUCCCAAACACGGUUCACAUGGCAACGGAUCGUCUUCCGCAGCCUCUGCGUCGCACUGCUGCCAAGGAGGCGCCGUGGAGAAGCCCCCGCGGACCAACGUCGGGGGAUGUUCGCAAGACAGAAGCAGCAAUGGAUCCCACGUCGCGCUCAGCCGGAAUGCAUCCUCCCACCCGGGUCACUAUAACCGAGACAGCUCAUCGUCGACAACGAAGCCGGACAACAGAAAAGAGGUCCGUGCGAUGUCCAACGGUCAUGCCUCGAAGGAGUUGAGGAAUUCGUCCAUCUCACAGGACAGGAGCAGCGGUUCUCCACAGCAGGUCAAGGAAUCUAGGAGCAGUCACCAUAGUCCGUUGGUGCAAAGUAACAGUAUUGGAAUGGAAGGGUGCAGUAUGAGCGGUGCCCAAGGAGGAACCGGUGGAUCCAAUACCAGUGGUACUGGUAGCUACUCCAAAGCGACAGGUCGUGCUCUCAGAAGCUCUCCUAGCAAGGACCAACCAUUACCUACACACGUGACGCAACCCUGGUACUACGGACGGAUGCUACGUCAGGAAUGUGAAUAUUUGAUGGUUUCACAAGGCAAGUCAAGGCAGUACUUGGUCCGAGACAGCUCUCAUAGGGCGGGAGAUCUGAUGCUGUCUGUACUUUACGGUUCCAAGGUUCAUCAUUACGUCAUCCAGACUACAGCUGAUAAGAAAUUCCAGAUCGCCCAUCAUGAUUUCGACUCGGUGGAGGCCAUCUUGGAUUUUUACCACAAGCACGUGAUCAUGUACUCGCCCCAUCAGGAGCAGGUCUAUCUGGGCGAACCGUUUAUCUUCAGACGACGAUGAUGUUCUUAAGGACACCCCCGGCAAAGCAAAAAGCAAACCCGACGCCCGUUGUGAGCUACAGCAGUCGACUUGCUGGCCUUUUUGAAAGUCGGAAUCCUUGACGGUGUUAAGAACGAAACAAAAUGUUACCCCUAACUUUAUGAUCGUGGAAUUUCAUUCCUUCAGAGUUUCUUAAUGUCAACUUUUAGAUUGUUUCCGGAGUAUAGAUUCAAUGCCAGUAAGCUCAUUCGGUGCAAAAUCAAAUCAUCUUGCAAUAUUAUUAUUCAUGGCGCGGUUCGUCGCGAAUGCGAUACUGUCACUUUUAGUUAAUGUUGAAACUCUGAAAAGGGACAAUGUAAUACUCUUCCUAUGAAACAAGAUACAUUUACUUGUCUGCAAUGAAUUUAAAAAUUGAUCAAUCAGACCAGUUAGCACGAGCAGUGAGCCAACUCUCUAUAUAAAAGGUCAUAUUAAUAAAGAUCCGCUUGAGGCCUAUGGUUGUAACAUCAUCAUUGCGUAUGGUAGCGACUGACAUUAUUAAAACCGUCUUAUCUCCCUUUUUCGGAGUAUGCACGCGCUUGCGAACUAUAGUUUACGAAAAGUAUAUGUGUGAUUUGUAUUAUAAGACUUUUAUUGAGAAAAAAUAUUUUUGUAAAAUUCAAGAAUGGCCUUUGGACAAAAUGUACAUUUCAAGAGAUUCUGUAUAAUUGACUUUUUUAAAAUGAACAUCACGUGUAAAUAGCGGUAUGGUAUGUAUAAAUAUAAACAAAAAUAUACAUUGAGAUAUAUAUAAAGUGAUCUGAUCACUGAUGAGGUUGCAUGGAUGAAUGUUAUUAAAAUUUUUGUUUGAUCUAUCAAUUUCUGUUUCUUUAAGUUAAGAUGUGUUCAAGUGCAAUACUUAGGCCUAAUUAUAUUAAUCUGUAUAUCGGACAAGACUCAAUCGUUAAAUACAAAUCGAUUCCAUUAAACAAUAUAAGUGUUUUGUUUGUACUAUUUUAAUGGUACUGCUGUGGAUUUUCCAUCACGUUUAAUAGAAUCGAUUGUUCCAACUAUUUUUUGUGUCUUACAAGAGAUAAUAUGUGACCUCUAUUGUUAAAGGUCAUCAUAUGAUUUGUCGACGAAUGGACAAGUGAUCAAUUUCUUAAUUUACCCGCAAUAAAUUUUCUCGUCUUUAAGAUACCAUAGCUUUAAAUGUGUUAAUGUAACAUUCUUGCUAGCCAACGCAGAUGGUAUUUGGCUUCAUACACUGUGGGAAUCAACAAAGACACAUUACGUAAUAAUGAAAAAAUACGGAAAGUUUUAAAGGUAUUAUAAAGAUAUUAACAUCACCCAGAAGUUAAUUUUUGAGGUUUGACUGAUUGCUGUGGUACAGUUGCUGUGUUGUGGUUUUGGAUAACAGUAAUUACCUUUUACGGGAAUACCGUAAAAACGACACAGCGGCUAAAAUACAGUUUUUUUUAAAUAGGCAUACACUGUUAAAACAACCCUGAUUUUAUAGAAAAAAAGAAAGAAGAUUUUGCAAAAAGCAAUAACAGAAUCAUUCUGUAAAUUAAUAACACAGGAAUUUUUCUGCAAUUUAACAGAACAGUUCUGUUUAAAAAGGUGAAAGGAUGUUUUAUUAAAUGAAGUUUGUAAGGUUUUAUACACCAAAUGCCAAUUUCCUGUAAGAUUACGCAAUCUGGUAAGAUUACAGGUGUUCUCGAGACUUUGCUGCAGGAACUUCUUUUAUUUUAAGGAUAAAUUUUCUAACAGUGUAUAAUGGUCAAAAUAUUAAUAAAAAAAGAUAAUCCAGUUAAAACAUGAUUGUAAUAGGUUUAUUAAAACCACACCAAGGACUUCCAAUUAUCUAUUGUAUUUUAUCACAUGAAAAGCAAUGUUGUACAGUUCCAAGAAGAAUGAAAACGGGAACACUAGAAAAAAAACUUGGUGUAAUUGUCUUUCGUCACAAAAGGCCUAACCCAUGUUUGAUUAGUGUGUCACGUUAUGAUGUCUAUAGCUAAGGUGUUUUCUGUCUUAUCAUGGAACUGAACAUUGCCAGACGAUGUAUACAUAGAAAAUCAAACGAAAAUUAUUACACAAAAGAAUCAAAAUAAUAUGUCGGCUAAUAACUCAAUGAACCUUUUUUGUAUGGAUAACAUUUUAGGUCUGAAUCUUUAUGUAGGCCUACCCUUCUUCAUGUGUGUAGAGAGGGCGCUAAGUGUUUGGUGCUGAAUGUGAUAAGCAGCGUACCACGGGUGAAUUUCAUAAAACAAAUAGUCAGCGAUUUACACUGACAACUGUUUAAAGCUACUGAAAUCCUAGCACCUGACUGGCUUAGAACAAGUUAUUCAGUGAAAUUUACUCACAAAAGACACUCAGUAGAAAAGCAUCUUGUCUUGACGGUCUAGCAAAAUGCGAGUUCUGUUUUCUGUUUAAAUUUGUUUGGUUGUUUACAGAUGUGUGUCAAUCAGGUAUGAUCAUUAUUUAGGCCGACGCCUGGGACCGACUUUCAAGGUCACCAUCCGAAAGACGUAAAAGAACAAUCCAGAUGAAAGAAUCUGCUCCUAUGGUGAAUUCAUGCCGGAUUUCGAAUAAAGAAAAUAAAUGUUCUCUGAUCUGCAUGGGUCCCGUAAAACAAAGGUUAUAGCGAAUGAAAUGACCUAUCAAGAUCAUCGUUGCAUGCGCAAUUUGCUCAUUAGACUGACUGGGAACCAGUCAAAAUUGUUCUUCCAACUUAGUGAUUAAUCGCUAAACUCUGUGUUACGGGGCCCUGCAAUCUUUAGUAGAUAUGAAAGAAGUCUGCACUAAAAACGGUUAAGAAAUAAACAAACGAUAAGGGUGAUCGAUCCACUUUCAUAGAGUUGGAAAUUGUUACUCAUGCCGACAAAUGAUAAGAGUGAUCGA